ACGUUUUAGAAACAACGAACCGCCAUGGGUAAACCACCUAGUUGAUGGAAAAAUAGAGAUAGAAGACACAUGGAGGGUGAGAAAGUGAAGAAGCACCGUCCUUACCCGGGCACGAUGUGGGUAUCCUCGUCAAGACUUCGUAUGGCAAUAGCCAAAUCAAAGAAGGCAAUGGAGGAUAGGAAGAAAAAUGCAUAUGAAUGUUUUAGAAAGGUGGUCCAUGACACCCACAAGUAUGUCUUUAUGUUGAUUGCAUACUGCAUGGCACCCCUCUCUGGUGUUUCUCUGCUUCUUGAAAGUAUCUUCCACUGCGAAAACAUCGCAAACAAGUGUUACUUGUCAUAUAUUAUCACUGGCUCUAUCUCCACCAUGAUGUCUCUCAUUCGCCUGAAAAUGAGCUUCACCGCCUUGGUAAUUGGCUUCUGGCUACUUAUCCCUACUCUGGUCAUGUUCGUCCCAGUCAUAUACUUUGGUAACGGGCAAACUGCCAAGAUUCUAUUUAUCAUUCUUUGUGGAGUAGCUGGGAUUCUCGAGGCGCCAAUUCUUCAGGCAUCCACAUUUGUGAUAUCAAAGCUAUUCCUAAAUUCUGCAGCUUCAACUCUCUAUUCUGGCUACCCAUUUGGAUCGAUCUCCAUGGGACUGUUCCAGCUAGUCAUGGAGCAUAUGAUAGGAACCGGUAGUACACCUCAGAUGAGAUUAUGCGCGACUCUAUGCUAUGGAGUCAGAGUAGUCGUCGGAAUUUUCACGGCCUUGUGGAUCACCUAUCUCUACAUGAGGUAUGACGAGCGUGUCAAAGAGGAGGAAAAGAAGGCCGUAGAAGAGAAAAAGAAGAAGCAAAGCCAGGAGAAUACUAACGGUGCUGUUGCCAGCACUAACAGCAGUGAACCAACAAAGGUAAGAUUGCUAGGCAAAGUCAUAGUGGUUGUGCCGUAUUAUUCACCUCGUCUUGUUAUACAGACCGUUGGAACUGUCCUGAGGGUGUUCUUUCAUCCCUGUCUCAUACUGUUCCUCAUAGAUUUGUCUAACAGAGAGAAGCUUGUCAUCUCGCUGUCUUUCAUGUUCUGUGACUUUAUAGGCGUAAAUUAUGCCAGCAAUUUUGAUGAAACCAUUGACCCAUCUGAAAAGACUCCUUCUCAGUCUCAUUUUUUAUUUUUAAUCACAAGGGAUUUGACUCUCCAUCUUAUAUGGAUAUCAACUAUUUCUCUUGCUACAUUUAUCGUCUGGAACAUUUGGACCUGCAAAUUUGAAUUAACCAACUCUUCGUUCUUCCUCCUCCUCUUGGCAUCCAUAAAUGGCUUUAUCGGAGGAAUCUUUACUGGAAGAGGACUAAAUGGUUGCUUUCCCAUCCUAGAAUAUUAUAAUGGACAGGGAGUUAUAGGAGAUGAUAUCAUAAAACUUGACAAUAUCAUUAACGAUAUCGCACUUUCUUUCGAUUACAUCAUGUGCUUUUUAAUGCCUCUAUUCUCCAACAUUACUGAAAGAUUCAUACUCAAUCACAAAAAUUCCAGAGAAUAUAUUCUCAGAAACAACAAGGGCGAUUUAUCAAUCGAAACUGUACGAGCUUUAUUAAUGCAGUUUAAAGGGUCAUUAUAA